AUGGCCAACACCCAAACAUUGAGGGAACUGGCUGCUCCGGAGCUGACUCACCAGCCCUUAUGCAUCACAUUCCCCGCUUUGGCGGAGAAUACCGCUUUCGAACUGAAGUCGGGGUUGAUUCAACUCUUACCCUCUUUCCAUGGUCUCUCUGGCGAAGAACCCCACAAGCACGUAAAGGAGUUCGAGGUGGUCUGCUCUAGUAUGAAACCUCCUGGGGUCACUGAAGAGCAAAUUAGACUGAGAGCCUUCCCGUUCUCUCUCAAAGAUGCAGCUAAAGAUUGGCUGUACUACCUACCAGCAGGUAGUAUUACCACAUGGGCGCAGCUGAAAAAAAAAUUCUUGGAAAAAUUCUUCCCUGCAUCCCGGGCUGCGAGUUUGAGGAAGGAGAUCUGCGGCAUUAAACAAUACCCCGGUGAGUCCUUGUACGAAUACUGGGAAAGGUUUAACAAGUUGUGCACUAGAUGCCCGCAGCAUCAAAUUAGUGAGCAACUGUUAAUCCAAUACUUCUACGAAGGGCUCCAAUCAACCGAUAGGAGUAUCAUCGACGCUGCAAGUGUGGGAGCACUGGCAAACAAGACACCAAGGGAAGCGUGGGAGCUCAUCGAAGCCAUGGCAGAGAACUCCCAGCAAUUUGGCUCCCGUGAGAGCAACCCUCCCCGUAGAGUCAACGAGGUAGAGACUUCAUCCUUACAGCAGCAACUGUCAGAAUUGACGUCAGUUGUUAGGCAAUUAGCCAUGAGAGACGCACCCCGAGCGAAGAUGUGUGGAAUAUGCACUAGCAUGGACCAUUGCACAGACUCGUGCCCCAUUUUGCAAGAGGACGGGGCGGAACAGGUAAACAUGGUCGGAGGCGUGCCUGCGCCCCGCAGGCAGUACGACCCAUACUCCAAUACGUACAAUCCGGGUUGGAGGGACCAUCCCAAUCUCAGUUAUGGGAACAGGCAACAAAAUGCAUUUCCAAAUCGUCCACCAGGAUUCCACCAGCCAUGGCAACCAAAAUCGCAACCUUCGUCCUCCAACUCAGGAAGUUCUCUGGAGGACCUAGUCAAAAACCUGGCCACGACUACUACCAACCUGGCCACGACUACUACCCAGCUUCAACAGGAGAUCAGAUCCUUAGCCGCGAAUACCGCGCAGCUCCAGCAGGACACCAAAGCUGACAAGAAGGACCAAGACAUUCGAAUAAGCCAACUGGCAAUUGCCAUCAACCGCUUGGAGUCCCACGUUUAUGGGAAACUGCCAUCGCAACCCGAGAUAAAUCCCAGGAAUGUAAGUGCCAUGACGCUGAGGAGUGGCAAGGAACUGGAAGGGCCUAAAGUGGAAAGUUCAAAAAGCAAAAGUGAAGAGGAGAUAGAGAAGGAAAUCGAAGAGGAAGGGCGUAUUCGCAAGGAUCCUAAGGUAACAUUCACUUCUCCGCCCACUAUUAAAUCUAACUUACCUCUUUUUCCUUGCAUGUUGGAAAAGACAAAGAGGGCAGAGAAGGAAAAAGAAAUCCUGGAUGUGUUCCGCAAAGUUCAAGUAAACAUCCCCCUAUUGGACGCGAUCAAGCAGGUACCCAAGUACGCAAAGUUCUUGAAAGACUUGUGCGUUAACAAAAGAAAGCUAAGGGGUGAUGAAAGAGUGAUGGUGGGAGAGAAUGUAUCAGCUGUACUUCAGAGGAAACUCCCACCCAAAUGCGGAGAUCCAGAAUUUUCUAAGUUUGCUUAUAGGGGUAAAUUCAAGGUUGCUGCGAACAAGUCCUAUAGGAUGAAAGCAAUUCAUGAGGUGAUCGGCAUUAAAAAUGAUCUCGCGGGGAAAAUUUCCAGAAGACUUGUCGUCCCAGGGCGUGGCCACGCCUUGGAAGGUGGACGAAACCGAAAGACGGACCGUGGUCCACGUGAACCCGAAGCGGGGGAUCAAAACUCCAAAGGGGAUAGCUUUUUGAAUUGCUCCAGACGUCUCUGGCCUUGA